GUCUUUGUUUAGCUAUUUAUCAAAACGCAAAGUUGGACUUAAUUUUGUCACUGACGGCUUGCCGUAAACGUGUUUCCAAUAUGGCGGCGACUGUACGCAUGCGUACUAUUGGUUACUGGCAGAUUUAGUUCCGGGGUAAUUUCGGUUGCUACAAUAACUGCGAAAAUGGCGACUGCCGGAGGAAACGUGGAUGAGAUACGGAAUCGGGUUAUUUUAGGGGAAUUUGGCGUGAGAAAUGUUCAUACAACUGAUUUCCCUGGAAACUAUCCUGGCUACAACGACACCUGGGAUAUGCAGACAUUUCAAAAGAACUUCAGAAUCGAUGUCGUGCAGCUGAAUGACAACUUUAUGGAGUUUGACAUGGUGGGCAUCGACGCGGCCAUUGCCAACGCCUUCAGGAGGAUCCUGCUAGCAGAGGUGCCCACCAUGGCUAUUGAGAAGGUUUUCAUUUACAACAACACGUCUAUCGUCCAAGAUGAGGUGCUGGCACAGAGAUUAGGCCUCAUCCCCAUCAAAGCCGACCCCUGCUUGUUUGAGUACAGAAGCAGCGAUAAAGAGUCCGCAGAAGAGGAAGAGUCUGAAAUAGACACGAUCAAACUACGCCUGAAGAUUAAAUGUAGCCGAAACCCCAGCGCCGGCAAGGAUUCUUCAGACCCGAAGGAACUCUACCUAAACCACAUGGUUUAUUCCAGAGACAUAAAGUGGGUCCCCAUCGGGAACCAGGCUGAUGUGUUUGCCGACGCCAACAUCGGACCGGUCCACGAUGACAUCCUGAUAGCUCUGCUCCGUCCGGGACAGGAACUCGACAUCGUAAUGCACUGUGUCAAAGGGAUCGGAAAGGAUCAUGCCAAGUUCUCUCCGGUGGCCACGGCAAGCUACCGCCUGCUGCCAGAGAUCACCCUCCUGGACACGGUGCGGGGAGAGAAAGCGGAACGGCUAAAAGGCUGCUUUUCACAGGGCGUCAUCCACCUGGAGGAUAUUAACGGGGAAAAGGUCGCCAAAGUGGUCAACAGUCGCUUGGAUACCUGCAGCAGGGAAGUUCUACGUCACGAUGACUUGAAGGACCUGGUGAAGCUGGGAAGAGUGCGAGACCAUUUCAUCUUUUCUGUGGAGUCGACCGGGAUCCUGACCCCAAACCUCCUUGUCACAGAAGCCAUCAAAGUUCUUAUGGCCAAAUGUCGGCGAUUCCUAAGUGAACUGGACUCCACGGACAUGGAGUGAAAUAAAGACCACAAAAUGACAUGGUAUGAUGGUAUUCAUGGACUUGUUCUAUUAAAAGUUCCUUUUGUAAUAAAA